GUUUUAUUUUUCGUUUCGCAAGCGCCGGGAUUCAAGUUCGCGUGAAAGCGUGUGACAUGUCGGGACAUGUCCGUCCAUAUGUCCAUCCACACUGACGCGCGCGCGCGCACACACACACACACACACACACACACACACACACACACACAGACACAGGAGCCUCAGCAGCAGCGUGAGAACCCGAGCGGAGCGCGAGAGGAUCUGGGACCCGGGGAGCAGUGAAGAUGGACUGUGCAGAAGACGAGUUUUCUGCUCAUGGUGAAUGUCAGAGGUGUCCACGCUGUCCCCCGGGACAUGAACUGAAACAGGAGUGUGGCUAUGGUGUGGGCGGAGCCAGUGUAUGUGGUGUGUGUGAUCGACGCUGGUUUAAGGAAGACUGGGGCUCACACUCAUGCAGGAUGUGUCAGAACUGCCAUCGCCUUAACAGACAGGAAAUUACGACAUGCACACACACACACAAUGCUGUGUGUGGAGACUGUCUGCCUGGGUUCUACAGUAAGAGGCGACUGGACGGACUGCAGGAUUUGGAGUGUUUGCCUUGUGGUUCUGCACACAUCAAACACACACAGUGUGAAAAUAAAGGUACCACUGUUAAAACAUGGAGUUCCGAAGCUCCGCCCCUCAACGUUGCCACAAUGAUGACUGCAUGCUUGACAGCUGUUGCCAUGGCAGCCGUUUUAUUGAUUAUUAUGGUUAUGAUGUGCCGAGGAUUUAACACACUUCGGAAAAUGUUUAAAGGCUGUUUAUCACCCCGCUGUCACCGUGACAUUGCAGCUCCCUCCGUUUCCGUAGCGACGGAGUACAGCAUGACCCAGGAAGCAGAAUAUAGAUGUUUGGACCUCACUGCCGCCUCACUUCCUGUGGAACGCAGCACCCUCUUCAGUGACAUCACUUCCUGUGGUGUCAUCACCCAGGCAACGGGGUCACACCAUAGCGGGGCGGGGUGGGCGGCGCACGGCCCAGUGGAGUGCACGGAGCGAGAGAUUUUACACGGACAGAAGAGAACACUGAUGUCUGAGGUUUGGUCUGUAACAGAAAACACAAGCUUGUCUUUACAAGGAGAACGUUUACAUCCUGAACUUUCACAGCAGGAACAUCUACCAGGACCGGAUUCUACAGCUAAUACCGCUAAUACCGCUAACACCGCUAACACCGCUAAUACAAACGCUAGUACACCUAAUAAUGCUAAUAAUGUAUGUCAAUAUAGAGAAUCAUGCUAACUGCAUUUUACUCUCUCAUUCAUUUCCUACCGCUUAUCUGAACUUCUCGGGUCACGGGGAGUCUGUGCCUAUCUCAGGCGUCAUCGGGCAUCGAGGCAGGAUACACCCUGGACGGAGUUCCAACCCAUCACAGGGCACAC